AUGGAGGCUGCUCCGCUCACUCUGGCCCACACCCACGCGCGCAACGCCGUCCUCGAGACGCGGAAGUCCAACCCUGUCGCCGCUAGCGAGGAACAUGAUCUGGCUGCCGGUGAAUUCGCGACUGUAGCUCAGAGCAGCGCCGAUCAAGAGGCCCUCCGCACCCUGCAGCUUCUCGAGCACCACCACAAGAAGCUAGCCAAGAUAUUGAGAUUUCAGCACGAGCAUCCCGCCCACGCAUCUGCCGAAUCACCGCCCGUCGCUCCAUCCACAAACCCAUCAGCUCAGCCUUCUACAGCAGAUGCCGGGGCCAUAAAGACCCCAAGCCAAGAUGCCCAAAACCAACCUCCAAGGCUGCCGGGGAAUACUCGUUUGCCAAGUCGCGAGUCUUCCUCUAUCGCCAGCAACCUAGCAUCCGCGCGAGGAAUACCAGCUCACCCGCGUCGUGGGUCACCAGUAUCACCCACCCUUUCCUCACAACAAGCCGGAGCGACCAUGACUGAAGGGCCCUCGAGAGUCAAAACCGGCGAGUCAAGACUACGAGAGGUCCCGACCAAGAAUCGGAAUAGUCGAACACCCAGACAACCCUGGUCUCCCCCAUUGCCCAGUCCCACGGAAAUCACAUCCCAGCUGGUCGUACCUUCGGACGGCGAGUCAACUCAGUCGAAAGCUAAACCAUCGACCACGGACGAUUCAUUCCAGCGGUUUUAUUCUACAUUCGAAGGUCUAAUUUCUAAGAUUUCUGCACCACUGGCGUUUGCAGGACUUCCUCUAGGGACGGAGGAUCCUACCAAAGCGCCACCAGCCAGUCGCAAAUCCCCUGCAGAGACAAAAGUGGACCGUCACCAUGCGACUCCAGACCGCAAAUCUAUUGGCAGGGAGCCGGACGUCAACCGACUGUUCUCCCGAGCAGCACUGCGCUCGAUCCAGGACCUUCCUGGUACAAGCCCUGGAAAUCCAGCGGAGUCAUUCUAUGUCGUUCCUACGACCGGAGGAACGAUGUCAUAUGCGGGAAUCUUGACUCGAGCUGAGAAAGAGGCCCGCCGAAACAGCCUUGACGAGGGCGACGACGACUUCGUGGAUGCACGGGAAACCCCGCCAUCUCCGGAGAUGCGACAAAGCACUGCAAAUGCCUCCCAGACCGGACGUCGCGGUGCUGCUAACAAGCUCAUGAGCUUGCAGAAUCCGAAGACAUUGGAAGAAUUACAGAUGGAGAACCAGGCUCUCAAGCAGCUAUCUGAUACCCUUUCGAAACGCUUGCAUAUGUGGGAGGUCAAUGCACAAUCCUCAUCCAUGGCGCUGCAGCAAUCUCUAAGAGCAAUGCAUCACCACAAUACCGGAUCUCCCGAGCAUAUGGCACAUGGAUUGUCGGCCGCCAACUCUCCCGUGACAACUCUUUCCACCGCACAGACAAUGUCGGAUGCCGAUCCUAGAAUCAAAGAACUGGAGGAUCUUGUUCUUCGCGGCGAGCAAGAGCUGGAUCGUGUUGGGCGCGAGAAUGACAAGUUGAACAAAGUACUUGGGCGAUAUCGGGACCGCUGGGAGAAAUUGAAGGAGGGUGCGAAGACGAGGCGUGCAGAAGGUCGCUCGGGGGAUGGACAGAGCAACCCGUCUACCCCUGUGUUGGGUGGCAAGAGACCUGAUAUUCCCGUCUUUCCGCAUCCAGGAGAUGCAUUAUCGAGUAGAGCUGCUGCUCGGAAUGGCUCGGGAUCAGAGCCUGAGGGUACAGGCACUGCUGGCACUUGA